AUGUGGAGAGCAACACAUACCCGCAAACCUGUUUUAUUCCCUAAAACCACUAGCUUCAAAGUAGGCAAAGUAGAACCAUAUACGGCAUAUGAUUUUUGUUUGGAAUCGGCAGCACUUGAUGACAGCUCUGAUAUUCUGUACAGUGAAAUUGGAUCCAAACUGCGAAAUGUUGUAGCAAAAGGGAAAGGUCAGCCAUUCCCACCAAGAGACGUUAAAGUGAAAGACGUCAAAGAAGAGUCUGUAUCCCUGACUUGGCUGGAGCCUGAGCCUGAUGAUGAUGAUGAAGAUGAUGAAAAUCCAGUCUCCUAUGAAUAUAUCAUUGAGAUGUGCCGCUAUACAGACGGCAACAUCCUGAAUACAUGGGAGGAAUGCAGUGAAAGAACAACAGAACUUAGUUGUAAAUUAAAAGUAAAAGUUCAGCACGAUGGAAAGUACCGCUUUCGUGUGUCAGCACGUGACAAGGACAGGAACAUCACCAGCCUUCCAGAGGAAAUGGGUGACCCAGAGAUACAUAUUCGUAUCAAACAAAUGAAUACAGAAAUAGGAUGGCUUGAACGAUUAUUGAGAAUAUGGAAUAUCUUUGGUACAACACCUGAAAGUCAGCAGCCUGGAAGUAUUGUCUUUGUCAUCUCGUGUCAACACAUGAGUGGUCUGCGUGAACUGUGGAUGAACUACAACCUGGGGAAACUGGAGAAGUUCUUCGAAGAUCUGUUUGCCAUUGAAGACAACCCUGCUUCCGACACAGAACUUGACAUACAAAUUGACCCUGAGAAUUUCUAUGCCUGCCGUCAGCAUCUCCUGUUGACUCAUCCUAACAGUAAAGGAUUCCGGGUGGUGAAAGUUGGGGAUAAUUCCUCCAGAGGAACAGAGCUGGGACUAAGUGAGGAUUAUCCAGUCUACUGCAGGCCAGUGCUACAAAGAACAGCCUUCUCAGAGCUGGAUUUCUUGGACCUUGCAAUAACCACUAAUAAGCAACCAACAGGUCAGUGACAUACAUGUAAAUGUACUUUAUUAGCAUAGUUUGUGUAAAAGAGACAUCAAUUUAAUCAAAA